AUGGGCCUUUUGGCUUAUAUCCCUACGAACGUUUUGGCCACAUACCUGACUUUGGUAUUGAGAAGUAUCGGUUUCACAACCUUUCAAGCCAACCUGCUAGCUAUUCCUAACUUUGUUCUUCAUAUUCUCCUGCUGUUUGGUUUAACAUGGUCGACAGAAAAAUGUAAUAACAGGCUAGGUUUGAGUCUGUUACAACCGUUGUACACUGUUCCUCUUCUUGCAGUUCUUCGCUUUUGGAAAGGUACAAUGUUUAAUAAAUGGGGAACUUAUGCAAUUAUUACCUUAAUAUUAGAUAAUCCGUAUAUCCAUGCAAUUUGUGUAUCCUUGUGUUCUAGAAACUCCCAAUCAGUUAAAACAAGAACAGUAUCUACUUGCUUGUACAAUAUGUUCGUGCAAGCAGGUCUCAUCAUAUCCUCAAACAUUUAUGCGAAAAGCGAUGCCCCACUCUAUCGUAAGGGAAAUGGAGUUCUUUUUGGUUUGGCACUUUUUAUGUUUCCAAUAUUAAUUGGUAGCAAAUUGAUUUAUGUCUAUAUCAACAAGCAGAGGGAUAAGAGGUGGAAUGCAAUGUCAGAAGAGGAAAAAGACCACUAUCUAAGUACUACUAGUGAUGCUGGUUCACGUAGACUCGAUUUUAGAUUCUAUCACUGA